GGGAAUCAGUUUUACUGCUGCUGUCGUUUCGUUCCGAACUGGUUCUUCGAGUAGUUUAAAAUGGGUUUCGGACGAUUAUUAUUAUUCUGUGCACUGAUAUUGCGCGUGUCCGCGAAUAACCCGCUAUGGAGAAAGCUUGAGGGGGAUCUAGAACCAGAACCCGUAACAAACUUUCUGCAGCUUGUCGAUGAAAGUUAUCGACUUCCCGUAACAUCGACUCCGUAUCAUUAUAAUCUACAGUUGAGCACGGCAAUUCAUGAAAAUAAUCGUCAGUUCCAAGGUGUGGUGGAGAUUUUCUUGAAUCUACUCGAAGUAACCGAUAGAAUUACGGUUCACAACCGGCAGUUGACGAUCUCCAAGAUGAGUCUGUUCAGAGUGUCCGAUCAAAGCGAGGAGCAGGUCCUCAUAGGAACGCCAGACUUUGAAAUGGACAAUCGAACGCAACAUUUUGUCAUCACCAGUGGCCAGUUUCUGUCCGUAGGCAAUUAUGUGGUCAAAAUCGAGUUCAGUGGGGUGCUUCAGAAUAAUAAUAAUAUGGGAUUUUUCGCAUCAUCAUAUUUAGACGACAAUGGCAAACGUCACUAUUUGGCCUCCAGCAAGUUUGAGCCAACACACGCCAGAUCUGCCUUUCCUUGCUACGAUGAACCCAAACUUAAAGCCACAUUCACACUCUCGAUGAUACAUCACAAGGAUUACCACGCCGUCUCGAAUAUGCCUCAAGAUGGGGAGGUAGUUGCAGACGUAGAUAAUCCAGACUAUGUGAAGACCACAUUCAAAAAGUCAACCCCAAUGUCCACCUAUCUGUUGGCAUUCGCUGUGUCAAACUUCCGCAUUCGGAGCAAAGGUAUCCACACGGUCUACGCAAGACCAAAUAUGUUUGAAGAGACCGAAUAUCCGCUGAACACUGGGGUUGAUAUUUUGAACGUGCUCGGCGAGUACACCGGAGUCGACUACACGAAAUAUAUGCCCAAAAUGACCCAGAUUGCAAUUCCGGACCGCGGGACCGGUGCCAUGGAGAACUGGGGUUUAGUUGCAUAUGGAGAACCCGUGCUUUUGUUCAACCCCACGAUAAACACCUAUCGCAAUAAGAAGAGUGUCACCACAAUAAUCGCCCAUGAAUUUGCUCAUCAGUGGUUCGGGAACUUGGUUACCCCGCUCUGGUGGGAUUAUCUAUGGUUAAGUGAAGGCUUUGCGACGGUAUAUGAAUACUAUGCCGCCCAGCUGGCUUAUCCGGAGGAUGGUUACUGGGAUCUCUGGAACGUACAGGUGGUACACAAUGCACUCGGCGUCGAUACCAAGGAAUACACUCGGCCAAUGACCUCGAAUGCGGCUAGUCCUAGUGAGAUUGCGGGAUUGUUUGACACGGUGGCGUACGGGAAGGCUGGAAGUGUUUUGAACAUGUUCCGAGUUGCAUUCCAAGACGAUAACUGGAGGGAGGGUUUGCUUUCGUACUUGAUGAGCAAUGAACUUGACGCAAUCACUGCACAGCACCUGUACGAAGGCUUGCAGACAGCUGUCAAUGGGAAAAAUCUCUUCCCAAAAUCGUUAACCGUUCAACAGUUAAUGGAUUCGUGGACCACCGAACCCGGCUAUCCACUGCUAACCGUCCGUCGCGAUUACAAGAAUGGGAUUAUCUACCUAUCUCAGGAGAGAUUCUUCGAUGAUAGACAGAUGCCGAACGAUCAUGUUUACCACAUUCCGUACAAUUACGCCACAGAGACUAAACCAGAUUUCAGUAUCCUAGAAUUCGAAUGGCUAUCUUCGAAAGGAACGAAGUUAUCCACAUCAGCAUCUUCCUACGAAUGGAUUAUUUUCAACAAGCAACAAACUGGAUACUACCGGGUAAAUUACGAUUUGGAAAACUGGAGCUUGAUUAUCAAGGCUCUCCAAAGAGAUCCCUCUGCGAUCCAUGUCCAGAAUCGAGCACAGCUGAUAAAUGAUGCAUUCAAUCUCGCUCGCGCUGAUCGCCUAGACAUGGCGUUACCCUUAGAACUUUUGACGUAUCUCAAGAAAGAACACGAAUACCCUCCAUGGGCAGCGGCUAGCUCCAUACUCACCUAUUUUAACAAUAAACUUCGUGGAACUCCAAUACAUGAACACUUCCUGCUAUUCACCGAAGAGAUUCUCGAAUCAGUCUAUGUCAACUUACCAAUAGACACCGUGCCGCGGAACGAAACUUUGCUGCAGAAGUACUUGAAGCAAUCCAUAUCUACCUGGGCCUGUCGCAUUGGAAAACAGGAUUGCAUGCGCCGAACGGAAGCUACCCUCAAACAAGCUGUCCAAAGAAACACACCGGUUCACCCGGACAUUGCGAGCGUCGUCUACUGCUACGGUUUGCAUUCUUCCGGAGAGCCAGAGUUUACGUGGAUGUACGAAAGACUGCGUGUCUCGCGGAACCAAGCCGAACGCUCGCUACUGAUCGAUUCUCUGGGCUGCUCCCAGAGCAAACCCUUCCUCAAAGCUCUCCUGACAACCGCCGUCGGCAAUAGUGGUGCCUUUAACUUCCUCGAAAUCGAACGCACCCAAAUUGUGUCUGCUGUUUAUUCGACGAACCGCGUGGGUGUCGAUGUUCUUAUCGAAUUUCUUAUGGAUGAUAAGCAAAUCAAUGAUUUCAUUGCCCGAUUGGGUCAAAGCGUUCUGAACAACGCCGUCACGAACAUAGCAUCGAGAACCAACAACGUAGCGGAAAACCAGCUGCUAGAAGCGCUUCUUAGUAAACAAGAGAAUAAGAUUAGCCCAAGCAGUGUCCAAUCGGCGCGAACCAUCGUGACUGAGAAAGUGGCUUGGUUCAACACACUGGAAGGUCUAGUGGUUGAAGAAUUUUUCGUGGCAUCCAGUAAGAAGGGAAGCAUCAGUUACAGAGAGUGAAGUAAGUGAAUAUUAACCGCCGAAUUGAGGACGAUACAUUAUUCAAAUCAAAAUCAUCACGAAUUAGAGAAGCUUAGAAAUGGUUAAAUUCAAAUACGUGUAUGAAAUAGAAUAAAAAAAAACUUCUAAAAAUUGAAUACAGGUGAUGGAUUGUAACCAUGGAAAAAUCA